AUGCACAAAAGAAGGUUGUCGGGUCAUAUCCUCAAGGUGGAUUUUGCCAAGGUAUUUGACUUUGUGGAUUGGGGUUUUUUGCUUGACCUCCUGAGAACCAGGGGUUUCGGACCCAAAUGGUUAGGAUGCAUAUCUACGAUCCUGAAUUCUUCGAAGGCCUCUAUUUUAAUCAAUGGGUCUCUUUGUGGCUAUGUGAGGUACCAAAGAGGUUUGCGUCAGGGUGAUCCACUGUCGCCACUACUCUUCGUGCUGGUUGUGGAUGUGUUGUGCACCAUGUUUGAUAAUGCAUUGAAUUCUCAAAUCUUGAUUGGGGUGCCACUGGGCGAGCAUGGACGGAUUUGCAAUUUGCAUUAUACGGAUGAUCUCCUGGUAAUGACGGUGGGGGGGCUGAGGACCUCAGGGAUAUUGACAGGAUUAGAAGAGAUUUUCUUUGGUCUGGCCCGGACAUUGAACACCCUGGUUGUAGGCUUGUGGCUUGGAAAAACAUAUGUCGUGGGAAGGAGCAAGGUAGGUGGGGCAUUCUGGAUCUAUCUUCCUUCAAUCUGGCCUUGUUGGGGAAAUGGAGAUGGAAGGUGCUUUCGGAUUCGCAAUGGGGGGGAAGUGAAGAUUCUUAGGUUCAACUAUAACGUUCCCACUUGGGACUUGUUUCGGGUCCUGAAUGGGUGUCAGUUCUCUAGGGAGGUGUGGUCGAAACUUAGUAGUUUCCUUCAGUUACCUGAACUUCCUUUGUCUGGCGGUCUUCUUUACGCACGGUGGAUCCCCGGGGGGGGAGGGGGGGUAGGGGAUGGGUUUGUCAAAGCUUUUGUGUUGUCUAUGUGGUUGACGCGGAAUGAUUACAUUUUUGCUAAUAAAUGUGAUAAUCCUCUGACUGUAAUGCUGAAGACUGCUCAUAUGAUCUUAUCUUGGUUCUCUGCAGCUCCGGAGGGUAUGAGGGUGAAGCUUGCUGAUCCUAUUGCUUCCAUCAGGCACAGCUUAGAGUUUGAGGGACCUCGUGAUGAGGGGGGAGGUCGUUCCAACCCCAGAGGUUGA